AUGUAUACACAGGGUGCUCAGACGAAAGUUGGUCAGAUUUACUUGCAUCAGUUGUAAAUUACUACAAUGAAAAUCAUCAAAAAAUGGUUCUUUCAAUGAAAACUCAAGAUCUAUUUUUAAUUUUAAAUUUUGUCACGCUGCAACUGAUGUCAAGACAAGUUCAAGGACUUUCAAAUGGUAGAUAUCUAGAUCUGAUUCAGAUUUAGGAACAUUGACAUGUAAAGUUAGAUUUAUCUUUCUAGAUGUUUCAAUCGUUGGACAAAACUAACUAAUCCUAGGCAUAGAAUAGCCCUGUACAAUCGACAAAAAAUCUUAAGAAAAUGAGAGAGAGAGAGAUGUGAUAGGAAAGAAGUAUUGCUAAGGUAUAAUGUAUAUUUAUUAUAUUAUUCAUUUCUUGUCAUAUAGCAUAACAUUGUUAUUUCUAUAGUAAUAAUAAUAAUAAUCAUAAUCAUAAUAAUAAUCAUAAUCAUAAUCAUAACCAUAAUCAUAAUCAUAAUAAUAGUAAUCAUAGCACCAUGAACACUCCA